GGCAGCGCUGUGGCUGUCAGCGGCGGCACACUCAGUGAGGUUGAGCGGCGCUGAGGAGCCGCAGCUGGGAUUAUGAUCCAAUAUAAUGCAGGAAAAUGGACGGAACCGGGUCUGAGAUUACCGAGCGCUUCUACGGACAUUUGGACUGGACGUAAAAAUGUCACUAAUGCGUUUUAAUCCCGCCGCAGAUAUCGGUGUUCUCCGGGUGUAAACGCAGAGGGGUUACGGGAAUCUUUGUCACCCGGACUGAAGAAAGACAACGGCGGCCUGAAGGCACACGGACGGCGGUUGAAGUCGAGCUACGAACCACAUUUUUGGCAUCCACCUUGUUUUUCAAGUGGGACAUUCCUGUGAGAUCGUUGGCUCGGUUUUAUCUGGAAACUACCGACCCGCACACAAUCUGGAAGACUGUUAAAGUUAGCAGGCAAAACAAGGAAGGGACUUUAUGCUGGUGGACCCUCAUUCAGCAAGUUCAUGGGAUAACAAACAUCGCCUUUGUUUUGGUGAAAGGAGUAGAAUAACGGACAGGAGGGGGUCGGUUGGUUCACCCAUCCUUUUUGUGGACUCAUCUUCAGCCUCCUGGGCUCAGAUGUGAGAGACGAUGGGCAGCCAGGGCAGCCCAGUGAAAAGCUACGACUACCUGCUCAAGUUCCUCCUGGUUGGAGACAGCGACGUGGGCAAAGGAGAGAUCCUGGACAGCCUGCAGGACGGAUCGGCAGAGUCCCCGUACGCUUACAGUAGUGGUAUCGACUAUAAGACCACCACCAUUCUUCUGGACGGGAGGAGAGUGAAGCUGGAGCUUUGGGACACUUCAGGACAAGGGAGGUUCUGCACCAUCUUUCGCUCUUACUCCCGUGGGGCUCAGGGGAUCCUGUUGGUGUAUGACAUCACGAACCGGUGGUCCUUUGAUGGAAUCGACAGGUGGAUCAGAGAGAUUGAUGAGCAUGCCCCAGGCGUGCCUCGAAUCCUCGUUGGUAACCGUCUACAUCUGGCCUUCAAACGGCAAGUGCCCACCGAGCAGGCGAGGGCGUACGCCGAGAAGAACGGCAUGACCUUCUUCGAGGUGAGCCCCCUGUGCAACUUCAACGUCAUCGAGUCGUUCACGGAGCUGUCGCGCAUCGUCCUGAUGAGGCACGGCAUGGAGAAGUUCUGGAGGCCCAACAGAGUGUUCAGCCUGCAGGACCUCUGCUGCAGAGCCAUCGUGUCGUGCACGCCGGUCCACCUCAUCGACAAGCUCCCGCUCCCCGUCGCCAUCAAGUCCCACCUCAAGUCCUUCUCCAUGGCCAACGGCAUGAACGCCGUCAUGAUGCACGGACGCUCUUACUCGCUGGCCAACCCGGCCGGCGGCUCCAAAGGCAACAGCUUGAAGCGCUCCAAGUCCAUCCGUCCACCGCAGAGCCCGCCGCAGAACUGCACCCGCAACAACUGUAAAAUCUCCUAAUUAACAGCUUCCUCGUGGCGGCGAGGGCGGGCGGGGGGGGGCUGUGGGAUCAGGAGACGGAUGUACAGGAUGGAAGGAGGGAAAAGAGCACAUCCCUGAACCGGAAGAGCUGAAGAGCAGGAAUGAUGGAUAAAGGGAUGAAUGAGUGCUACCUCUCACCUUCAUGACAAAGAGUGUGACGUAUUUUCCAGGUUGGGGGGCGGAGCUCGAAUGGUGCCUCACGAUAUCAGACAAACAUUUCAGCCUCCACAGACGUGAUUCUCACUACUACCAACUGCUCCAAUGGGAACGAGACUCCGGACUCACUUCCUGUCUGCUGGAGCGUCGGCUACAUGUACAGAAAUCUCUCACCAACUCGACCGCUGUCGUUCCUCUGCAGGUCGCACGCCGCUCGCUGUGUGCGUCACAGAAAUCACCUCAACAUCAGUUUUUACGUUUCACCUUUCUUUCUUUUCUUUCUUUUGUCCGUCUGUCUGGUUUUAAUUCCACCUUUUUCUGUUCACACCUCCGUUUAUUUGCUCUUUUACUGACCAAUAAGCUAACGAUGGAGACACUAGUAACCAGUCGGUCCUUGUACUGAUCGCUCAUCCUCCACAGUUGUGUCUGAACACUCACAGGUUAACACUCGCUGAAGGGAAAUCUUGGCGGCAACAUGAGUGAAGGUUCCCGUCAGGUGUCGUAGUCGAAGCGGAGGCAAAACUGACCCCCCUAAAAUCCCCUGAAAAAGACCCAACCUGAACCGGAUCUCAGGUCCAGUCCUGUUAGUGUGAGUCGAGACCAGACUGGAGGUCAAUGUAAACAUCAACAAACCUUAAAGCACAAAGAUAUUCCCCAGCAUGCAGUUCACACAUUUCGGCUGGUUUGAUAAUUCACACAACCGCCUACUUCGAACGAGGGAUCCAAUGAUGCUUGUUGCCAUGGAUACCAUUUAACGCUAUAAAAAGCGUUUCUUCAUAUUUUUGUGAAAUUUAUUUUAGGUAAAAGUUGUUCAAAUAAAACUGAUUCGGUCGGAUAUUUGCGUUCGGCUCAAGAGCUUCUGGGAGUUGUAGUCUGGAGAUGAAGUCUGGAUUUGCACUUCCUCCUCCUCCUCCUCCUUUCCCAUUUUCCACCUCUUUCCCGCUCUGCCAAACGUUUAGCGACUCCUACUCUGUGCAUGUUUACAGAUUUCACACCUCACCUGUCCUGUCACACCUGUCCCAUGCAGUGGGAACAUGCCCCCCCCCCACACACACACACACACACACACACCUCCUCCACCAGUCCGGGCUAAUUAUACAUAACACACAGUGUGUCUGCUCCUCAUAGUGAUACUCCAGUAAUCACUGAUUCACCAAAAUCUGUACAAAUUAAACUGAACUAGAGCUGAAACAGUUAAUCAGUGGAGAAAGGCUCAAUAUUUUCUGUUUGCAGUUUCUCCAAUUUGAGGAUUUUCUCUGUUUUAUAUAUUUCUGAUUUCAGACUGUUGUUUGGAAGUUAUUUAAAGACGUAUACUUGGGUAUAUAUCCAGUAUAAUAUAAUACACACUGUUGUCACACGUUAGAUCACCCAGUUCCUGCAGUAUGUGGAGUCGCCCCCCCCCCAUGGUAUGUGCUAAUGUGUUUACCAUACAUUCGUUUCAGUGCUGGACGUGGAGGGAGGGCGAACCGUCAGGGAAAGAAAGCUCAGGUUUCUGAUGGCGUAGCUCCUGGUGUUCGGUCGUCCUCCGAUGGCGGCGAGCGUAAACAGGAACCGGUCGGAGUAGCUGGACGGGAUCAGAUCAGAUAGACACACAACGUAGAGCGGAGUAAGUGCUGACAGUAAACAGGAAUAUCACCUGGAGGCAGUUUCAUUGUGAUUAUGAGAAAUACAGCCACUCGCUGCCCCUCAUAGUCUCACACCGUGCUGCGUUCAUGGACAGUGGGAAAGGCUGCAGAUGUGGCUGCACGAGUUGUAAGCAUGUAGAGAAAAGAGCUGCAGUGUCGCUCAGAACCGAGUCUUCUUCUCUCCCUCUGAUCUGCACCACCGCCGCCGCCUCCGCGUGCUGCGUGCUGUCCCAUGAUUCAUAGCUGCUGAAUAAUAGAUGCUCUUUUCAUAGAUCUCUAGAGGGCUUCAUCAGAACGCUGCGGCUGCGUCUCUCCUCUUUCAUCCUCCGCUCCUCCACAGGAAGCUCAGCGUGGUUCGUUCCUUCGUCCUCCUCAGCAGCUGCUUUCUUUUUCUCCCGACUUUCUCUUGUUUUCUGUCCCCGGGAUCCACGUUUUCUCCCCAGGUGUGGUUUUCCCUCCUAACCCGUUCCUGUCCAUUGAGCCCAGCGUUAGUCCUCCUCCUCCUCCUCCUCCUCCUCCUCCUCCUCCUCCUCCUCCUCUCUCAGUCUGAUCUCAGGGAGUUGUCUUUGCCUCCAGACUUUUAAGAUGUCUUGACUCACGCGAUGAAGCCUCCUCGCUUUAGGAAAGAUUUUCCACUGAUCCAGAGUCAGUUUACUGCAGGCUGGACCACACCGAGCUUUUGACUUUAGCCCGUUUACUGCAGAUGAUUUAAAUCUUUCAGCUCGGUCGGUGGUUGCCUGUUCAAAGAGCAGUUUUGGCUUCUCAGGUUGUUUUAUUUGAAUAUUUUAGGCCCCUAAAGAGAUACAAUUAUUUAGUAAUUUACAACAACAACAACAACAACAACGUGUAGAAUUCUGUUCGUUCUUUCUGCUGUUAUUCAUCUCACGACACUUCAGACACAUUUAGCUCGAAGCCCCGCCGCCUCAGAGCUGCUAGUGUGACUGUCGACUGUAGAGCUGCUGUGAUUGGUCGACUGAUCGAUCAAUCUACAGAAAAAUAAUCGCCAACUAUUUUAAUAAUCAAUGAAUUGUUAAAGUCAGAGUCAUUUCUCUUUAAGUUAGCUGAACAGAAAUGAGUCUUAAUCUAUACAGAGCAGUAAUGAUUCAUUCAUUCAUUCAUUCAUUCAUUCAUUAAUAAUCAGGUUUCCUCUGGCUCCUCCUACUCCACCGGGCCCGAAGGAAAACAACCAAUCAGAGCCGAGAUAGUUUGUUCGUUUCCAGGCUGUCAAAUUCAGACCCGGACUACAAACCUUGUUCUCCAGAUUUAAGAGAAACCUGUUUGUUCGGUACAGACUCUGAAAUGAUGGUUCCCACUAAUGGUGCCUCAUAUCGGUCGGUAGAAUGAUGUUUGUACCGUUGGGUGCAGCACUCAUACAGUCAGUGAAUGGACACCAGCAGAAACAAAGAGAACGCAUUUAUAACUCAACAUUUUGUUUGUGGUAAACGGGUUAAAACCAGCAGAAAACAGGCGGUUUGGUCCUUUAACGGCGAGCUGGAGCUUUAGAAAGAGCGUCAGACGGUUUGUGUUCUGCGGCUGUUUGGUCACCGUCGGAGUUUUUAAGGAAGACGGAGACCAAAAGGAAUUUGACUCGAGCUUGUUGCCAAGAUUUCUGGAAGAGGUUUCCCUCUCUGCUCAGAGCGCAGUGACCCUCACUGACUCUCUCUCUCUCUCUCUCUCUCCCUCCCCCCCUCCCUCCCUCUGUUAUGUGGUAACACAACCAUCUUCCUCCAUGUUUUGCCUCUGCGUCUCUGUUUGUGUACGGACUCCCUCUCUCUGUUUGUGUUUCUCUUCAACUGAGUUUCCAUUUUGAAAUUUUCAUGGAUGUUUUUAAAAAAAAAAAAAAAAAAAAGGUAAAAAGAUGGAGGUAGUAGACGUUGUGGAGAGAUUCAGGGACGGCCUCUGAUAUAUUGCCUGUUGUAGAAGUGUUUGUAUAAAGGAGCAGACUGUUGUGAUGAUGAUGGGAAACAAAAAAAAAAACACCUGUAAACACUAUUCUGGUUUUUGGCUGAAGCUGCUGAGUGUGUGUGUGUGUGUGUGUGUGUGUGUGUGUGUGUGUGUGUGUGUGUGUGAGUGUGAGUGAAACACAGAGCUGAACUUUUUUCUUUUUUUAAAUUAUUGAUUGUACAGUUUCGAGGCAGGAGUAUGAAGAGAGACUUUUUCACAAUAAAACUAUUGAAUGUUGAAGUCAGAA